AUGGAAGCGACAUCGAUGUCAUCCAAUAAUUCACUGAAGAAACUUUGCGAGCAGUAUGAUCAAGAAAUGGCCGACAUUGAAGUAGAUCUUGAUAUACAUGACAAAGUUAAUAAACUCAUGAAGGAAAACCGUGUAAUCAACCAGCAACAAUUCUCGUCAAUGCAGAAAAACACGGAACAAACGGAAAAAGAGUUGCAACUACUGGAUGAGAAGACAAAUGAACUUGUUCAAAGUACUAACUCACAAGGCGAGAAAAUUGAAGAAUUGAAACGUGUACAACAGCAAAUUAUGAGUGGUAUCAGUGAUGCUCAACAUUGUCUGAUUGCUGCUCAAAAUACUACUCGAGAUGACUUGGAAAGAUUGCAUUCGACGGAAAGAGAAGCCCAGAAAUUUCUAGAAAGCAAUUUGGUUUCAUCAAAAUUUUCUGGCGUUGCAUCAAAGUUGCAAAAUUGCCAGAAAACGUUCUCUUCAAAGGUGCAAGAAUCAAUCGACCAUUUAGCUUCAGUGAAAUCAAUUGUGGACGAAGCUGAUCAUUUACAUAAUCUUGAGAAGGUUUUGGGAGAAAUAAGAAUGGAUGCUGCAAAUCUAGAGGGACGAAUUGGUGAAAUUGAUGCCCAGUGUUUGGUUUAUCGUAACAAAAUCGCCAAGUUGAGUGCAGAGCAAGAAGAAGAAAAGCAACGACGAAACGCUAUAUCUGAAAAGUACCAACAACGUAAGAGACGUGUUGCAGAUCUUACACGUAAUCUUAGCAGUCGUAAGAACGAUAAAAAGUUGCUUUCCGAAAGUAUGAAUUCUAAAGAGCAAGAAUUGAACAAAAACGAAGAGCGUUUUAAAAAGAAAAAUGCCGAUUCUGCAGCUAUUCAACAAGAAGUAGAUGCGAUAAAGGACGAAUUAGCCAAACUUGAAGACGCUAUGAGAUUUGAGCGCGAGAUUCACGAGCAAAAAGUUCAAGAAAUUAAGGAGGGAGGUGAAGCUAAUUUAUGCGCUACAAAAUCGGUCUUGAUGGGUCUAUGUGAAAAAAAGAACACCAAGCUUAUACAGAUUCAACAAGCUCGUGAUGAUCUCAAUAAAAAAUCAGAAUUGGAAGCUCAUAAGAAAAUUAACGAAGAAAUGGAACGGAAUUUGGAACAAUUGAAGCAGGAGAAAGCACAACUUCAGCUUGAAGUUGACGAAAAAGAAAGCCGUCGAAAUGCACAACUUUCUGGAAUGAAAGCUAUGAAAAGCGCAUUUCAAGAAAAUAAGCUAGAAGCUUCCAAGAAACGUGAAUUUUUGAUGGGAGAAGUGAAGCGUAUGAAUGAACAGAUUCUGGGCUUGAAGCAUAAGAUCCAGGACUUCUACCUGCAUUUUCGGCAUUUGUACUAUAUAAAUAUGAAUGGGAAAAAAUAUUCCUUCAUAGAAUCUUAUCAUUAUAUUACAAAGAAGGAAGAACGGCGCCUCAAGACUCAACGAAAUGCGAUGAAUAGACAACUGAAGAUGGUGGCUCUUAGCAAGGGUAUUGGUACUCUUAUGCGCUGUGCUUUUGAAAAAGACGAGAAAUCUCGACAAGAUGGCGCUGGAGCAACACAUGGAUCACCGACAAAGGGAUCGACAGAUCAAGGAGAAAUAGGGCAAGAACCACAGCGAAUAGAAUUUGAUGAGAUAGGAAGAAACGAGGAAAGUGUUAAGGAUGUCAAAUCGGAGAGAUCUGGAGACGAAGAAAUCAUUGUUCGGGAAACUGAUCCACAAAAACUUCUUCCAAAAAAAUCUGCAGAAAACGAGAAAAUGAACCCAACUUUUGUUGCCUCAGAAAUCAAAGAGCCGUUUCCUACUGCUAAAAGAAGUGGGGAAAGAGAAAUAACACAGAUAUCAAGCGCUGAACAAGAAGAGCUAGAAUUUUUACAACCUACCACAAAAUAUAAAGCGUCAAGAUAUGAUUUGUUAAACAAGAAUUUUUCAGUAUCGAAUACUUCACCAGUUGCGUCAAAAUCAUCAAAAGUAGGUCGUCAGACUCGUAAAAAACGCGAACAAAAAAAGGAACAAAUAGCUGAAAAUUUGGUUGUCACGCUUUUUGAUAGUGACGUAUCAGCGAGCACCAUCAAACCGAUAUACGCUUCAACUCCACUGCUUCAGAAAAACGAUGAAUCUUCUUCAUCGUUUUAUCAUGAUGCAGUGGAAGAUACGCAAAAGAAACGUGGAAGACAGAAAGGGAAAAAAGCUGGGAGAGGGAGAGGGCGAGGAAGAGGAACACGUGCUAGAAAUGACAAUUCGAAACUUAGAAAAAACAAAGAUGCUUAUGAUUUGGAUAGUGAUUUUGAUUGA